AUGGCGUCUAGUAGCUCGGUCUCCCUACGUCGUUGUUUCUGCGCUUAUUCGCCGGAGCGGGAACUUCGAAUCGACCCUGUAGAGAUGGAGAGAUCUGGUAGAGGCGGUGCCGAUUUUCAGGAAUUGCUUCGGAGAUCCUCAGGAGGUCCGAUUUCGUUCUUGAGCUUUACGAGACUUUUGUUUGGUUCUAAUGGCCACCGUUCUAGGACAGUUGAUCUGGGAGAUUGUCAAGAAAACAACUCCUUGGUCAAGCAGUUCGGCUGGAGCCAAGCCGGCGUCCGUCAGUCCGUUUCAACAAGGAGCCUAACAACCUCUACAACCUCCACUCCUAAAAGCAUUCCGGUUUGGCAAACAAGAAGACUGUUGAGUAUUCAGGCUGCAGGCAAAGACCAGUCUGUGGUGCUCGCCACCACCAAGACCAGGAAGCAGAACAAGCCAACCAGUUUGGUUCACAAGUAUGUGAUGAGGAAGGAUUUUUGUCUCACGGCCAAGGCUGUCACCAACCAGGUACCGAAUACUCCAUUCACUGUUCUGUGGAAUGAAAUGAAUAAUAAUAACAAUGAUGUAUGUGAUGUGUUUAGUUUUUUAAUGUAAAUGUGGUGUGGUACUCCGGUUGCCUUGAGUGUGUUGACCAUUUGGUAGUUCCGACUGUUUUUCACCUUACUAGCAGUGAUGAGCAGCUAACAUAUAAGAAGAUCUCACUUUGUGGGAGGUUUUCAAUGAAAUUUAUUUGUUACGCUUGGCUUCUGAGCAGACAUUUAGGUAUAAUGAUUAUGAUGCAAGGGAUGAUAUAAUUAAGGGAAGCGUUAGGGAAUUUGGAGUUGGAAAAAAAAAAUCA